GGAGAACUCGAAAACUUGCACCCUGCUUUUUGGCGUUAUUUUGGCUUAAAAAACCAACAACAGCAUGUUCCUUAGAUUAUGUUAUGGAGCAACUGUGUCCCUUUGCUCCCCGCUCGUUCCCGAUGCUUCUGCAGUGAGAAAGAGCGAGAGAGCAGCAACCCCUGGAGCCCUCCGGGUGGGCGAACUUUGGGCAAGCAGCGCAGCCAGACUGACCCGGGUCACCGCCAGCAGCGAGGGCGGGAAAGCGGAAGGAAGGGAGUGGGCGCUGCCGAGAAAGGAGCCUCCCGGCUGGGGCUGGAACCCGUCCCGGAGGAGGGAGGGAGCGAGGGCCGGGCAGCCGGGGGACAGCCCCGGCCUCUUAGUAUUUGGGCGGGCGCCUGCACCAGCCGCGGCUCACUCAGUCCCUGGGCUCGCCUGCUGCCUCGCGCCGAAAAGCCCGCUCUCGCCCCCUUUCGCGCGAGAAGGAAGGAAGGAUGCAGCCGCUGCGAGCCCCCUCCAGCGGGUCCCCCCUGCUAGUGCUGGCGGCGCUGCUCACGCUCUUGCCGGCGGCUCGGGGCUUGCUGGCCGAACGGCCCCGGCUGGUGUGGAAGGACCCGCUGUUGAGUCGCCGUGGGACGUUGACCGCCUCCAGCCCGCCGGUCCAGAGGGCCGCCCAGACGGCCGUCAACUUCUUCAACUACGUGCAGGGGUCGCCCAGCACGCUGCGGGCGCCGGUGCAUGUCAAGAAGGCUUCGGUGAAGGUUGUUCCAGGAGUCGGCCGCAAAUACAUCCUACAGUUUACUACGAAAGACCUCCUAACUGGGGGAAACCUCGGCACUUGCUUUGCCUCUGUGUUCUACCUGAAGGCAAAGCCGAAGCCGGCUGUUGAAAUUAGCUGCGCCCCCGACAAAGACAGAACUGAGCACGAGAAGCAAGACCAUCUCUUGUACUUGAGACUUGCAGCAGAGAAACAGCCCCCUGUGGAGCUCCUGAGAGGUUUGGGCAUUUAUGGCAGCAGCUUAAUUGCAUGGGAAAUGUCAACUGAGGACAUGACUUACACUUUGACCGAAAUCAAGAAUGUGCAGCCGUGGAAGAGAGAUGAAAGUGCACCUGAAUUUGACUUCACUGUUCUGCUUGGUGACAAAUGGGGAGAGUCUUCCCUGUCUUGCCACAUGCGUGUUGCUUGGAGCCCUCGUCUGCCUGUGCAAGUGAAAUACUACUGUUCUCCAGAAGAUGGUUCUUCAGAAUCUGCUGAUGGCUCUGGAGGGGAGCUUGGAUCUACUGAUGAGUAUUUUAUUGAAGUAGAAAGUAAUUUUUAAAUAGGAAGGAAGGCUGGGUUAUAAAGAUGUAAACAUUUUUACAAGUGUAUGAAACAUGAUUAUUUUUCUGUGUAAAUCACUGCUGCGGUUUGAAAGUUUGUGCACAAGUCACUUCUGACCCACUGUAGAAAUUCUUAAAAGAAAAAAAAAUUAUCUGUAGCUUCCUGAAAGCACUUUUUUGCAGAUUAAAAUAAUAUAUAUAAGGGAAAAAAUUGUACUUGCCACCAGGUUUCUGGGCAUUGUAGGAAAUUACACUGUAUGAGGCAAAGUUAAUAUAUAUGAACCACAUUCUUGAAGUUUUUAAAACUGCAAUUUUAAGAAAAGUGUUUGGAAUUUUUUUUUAAAAAAAGAUACGAAAAUAAAAUUUUGAUGCUAACUUUUAACUUAUCUGCAAUAAAAUGAAUAAAAAGCUA